AUGCCUCCGCCAUCGCAACUUGCAAUCGCAACAUCAUCGCUGAAUAGGCUGGUGAAGGAAGAAGCGAGCUACCACAAGGAACUCGAGCAACAACAAGCCAGCAUCGCCAAGCUCGAGCAAGGCGGCGGCGACGAGAAUGCAGAAUACACGUUGAGACAGGAACGUCGAGCGGUCGAGGAGACCAAAGCUAUCUUCCCACAACUCAAGCUAAAAAUCGAAGAUGCUCUGUCAAAGCUAGAGCAGCAGUUGGAGCAAGAGAGCCAAGGUGACGCUGAGAAUGUCGCCAAGGCCAAAGAAGCCGUUGCUGCAGGUAAGAAGGCGCUUGGGUGA